AUGGAGGAGCAGCGGGCGCUCGCGGCCGCCAAGGACGGGGACCUGGCCACCCUGAAGCGGCUGCUGGAGGCUGGCACCCUGGGCCCGGGCAUCGUGGACGCCCUGGGGGCCGGCCUGGUGCACCACGCCACCCGCGCCGGCCACCUGGCUUGCGUCAAGUUCCUGGUGCAGCAGGCCAAGCUGCCCGGCUGCCAGCGGGCCCACAACGGGGCCACGCCGGUGCACGAUGCCGCGGCCACGGGCAGCCUGGCCGAGCUGCGCUGGCUGGUGCGCGAAGGAGGCUGCAGCCUGCAGGACCAAGACGACACAGGGGUGUCCCCGCUGCACCUGGCCGCCCGCUUCGCGCACCCAGUGCUGGUGCAGUGGCUGCUCCGAGAGGGCCAUGCAGCCACGCUGGAGACGCUGGAGGGGGCCUUGCCGCUGCACCACGCGGCCGUCAGCGGGGACCUGACCUGCCUGAAGCUCCUGGCGGCCGCCCACGGCAGCAGCGUGAACCGGCGGACCCGAAGUGGGGCCUCCCCGCUCUACCUGGCCUGCCAGGAGGGCCAUCUGCACCUGGCGCAGUUCCUGGUGAAGGACUGUGGCGCCGACGUGCACCUGCGGGCCCUCGACGGCAUGAGCGCGCUGCACGCUGCCGCCGCCCGCGGCCACUACUCGCUGGUCGUCUGGCUGGUCACGUUCACUGACAUUGGCCUGACGGCGCGAGACAAUGAGGGGGCCACGGCCCUCCACUUUGCAGCCCGAGCCGGCCACACCCCCAUUCUCGACCGGCUCCUGCUGAUGGGCGCCCCCGUCGUGACGGACUCCUGGGGUGGGACCCCCCUCCACGAUGCAGCCGAGAACGGGCAGUUGGAGUGCUGCCAGACGCUGGUCUCCCACUGCGUGGACCCCUCCCUGCGGGAUGAAGACGGUUACACGGCGGCCGACCUGGCAGAGUACCAUGGACACCAGGACUGCGCCCGCUUCCUGCGGGAGACAGCCCGGCCGGUGCCGCUCCUGAUGACCCCACCGCCACCACCGUUUCCCCCGCCCCCGCUGUCAGCUGCGAGGCACUCCCAGGAGGAUGGAGCGAGGGGCUCGGGCCUCAGGAGCCCCACCUUGUCUCCCAACCCGACCUGGCCUGGCCAGCAUGACCGGCCUCCUCUGAGGGAGCAGAUGACCUGCGCAGGGCCCCCAAGGAUCACCACCAGCGCCUCCGUGGUCGCCGAGGGAGAGGAGGUGGCAGCGGGGGACGCCCCGGACUACCUGGCCGCGCUGCAGCUGGACAGGCUGCCCUCCGGCGACCUCGACGGGCUGGUGCCCACGCAGGACGAGCGCGGCCGGCCCAUCCCCGAGUGGAAGCGGCAGGUGAUGGUGCGCAAGCUGCAAGCGCGUCUGGACGCGGACCCCGCACCCCAGGCCCAGGUGGGGCUCGGUGGGUCAGGGCGGGGCGUGAGAGGGGGCGGGGCGGGGCCAACGGGGCAGGGGGCCUGGCGGUACUCGGAGGCGCACCGGGCCAUCCUGGGCCCCUUUGGGGAGCUGCUGACGGAGGACGACCUGGUGUACCUGGAGAAGCAGAUCGCCGAGCUGCAGCUGCGCCGCCGCUGCCAGCAGUACGAGGGCGAGCUGGGCCGCCUGGCGGCCGAGCUGCAGGCCCUGCUGCCCGCGCCCCUGGUCAGCAUCACCGUCAACAGCCGCUUCCUGCCCCGGGCGCCCGGCCUGGAGGGCGAGGAGGCUCCUGCGCGGGCGGCGGAGCCCCAGGGCGCCUCGGGCGGCAGCCCCGAGGCGCCCGUGCAGAGGCUGGGGGGCGGCCAGCGGGGCCGCUUCAGCAGCGAGGACAUCUGCGGCUACAUCGAUCGCAGUUUCGCCUUCUGGAAAGAGAAGGAGGCCGAGAUGUUCAGCUUUGGAGAGUGA